GUAUUUCUUGCGAAAAGUCACGUAGGCCAUCGACUGGAGCUACAGACUGGAGCGCGCGUGUUUGUUAUUUUUAUAAAAUCUAACCUGAGAAAUCUUUAAUUAUUAAUUCUAUUAAUUUUGUAAUGUGUAACUAUUGAAUUAAAAUAAUGGAAGACUUCGCUAACAAUCCCGGAGUGGUGGUGAUUCGCGCAAAACCUGAAGGGCAGCGAAAAACUUUUAAGCCUAAUAUUCGUUCUGUAACUAAAAUUCCUGACGAGAUAUUAAACGACCCACUGCUGAAUAGAGCUUGUGAAUCAUUACCUCAGAAUUAUAAUUUUGAGGUUCAUAAAACGAUAUGGAGGAUAAGGUCAUUAGGAGCAAAGAGAGUAGCAUUGCAACUGCCAGAAGGCCUUACAAUGUUUGCGACAACACUAUGUGAUAUAAUCGAAACAUUUACGGAGGCAGACACAGUUAUUAUGGGUGAUGUUACAUAUGGAGCCUGCUGCAUUGAUGACUUCACAGCGCUUGCUCUCGGAGUUGACCUUCUCGUGCACUAUGGACAUUCCUGUCUGAUCCCCAUUGACCAAACUGGAGAUGUGAAGGUUUUGUACAUAUUUGUCGAUAUAAAAAUUGACCCUUCCCAUUUUGUAGAUACCAUCAAAGUAAAUUUUCCCAAGAGGACACACUUGGCUUUAGUUAGCACAAUACAAUUCGUGACAACAUUACAUUCUGUAGCUAAAAAUCUGAGAACUGAAGAGUACAUAGUCACUGUUCCCCAGUGUAAACCACUUUCUCCGGGAGAGAUCCUUGGCUGCACUGCACCAAAAUUAAAUGCUGAUGUCAUUGUUUACCUCGGAGAUGGACGGUUUCAUUUAGAAUCUAUUAUGAUUGCCAACCCUACAAUUCCUGCUUAUAAAUAUGAUCCUUAUGAUAAGAAAUUCACAUCUGAAAUAUAUGAGCAUGAAUUAAUGCAGAAAAACAGACAGAACCAGAUCAAAACAGCAGAAAGUUCUGGAAAUUUUGGUCUAAUUCUUGGAACUCUAGGCCGUCAAGGGAGUACCAAAGUCUUGAACAAUCUGGAGAAACAGAUACGAAAUUCUGACAAGAAGUAUGUCAAGAUCCUGUUAUCAGAAGUGUUUCCAGGUAAAUUAGCAUUGUUUGGACUGGAUGCAUUUGUCCAAGUUGCAUGUCCAAGGUUAUCAAUUGACUGGGGCACAGCCUUCCCAAAACCUUUGCUGACUCCAUAUGAAUUUUCUGUCACUUUGGGAAAUAGCAAAUGGUUAAAGGAAGAUGGAACAUAUCCCAUGGAUUUUUAUUCAAAUGAUAGUCUUGGUCCCUGGACUCCGAAUUACAAGCCUGUGUUAUGUUCAGGUACUGAUAAAAAGUGUGACAAUUGUUGUGGGGGUAAAGGAAAAUAGUACUUACGGAAACACCCCUGGGCACGACAGCGGCAGUCUCUCUGGCUUGAGCGAACACUUGGGAAUCCAAGAACUUGGAUGGGAAUGUUUCGGCGAAGUUCUGUAUUGGGAUGUUCUUUGUGUCUGGUCUGAAAAUGUGAUGAAUUUAGUUGUUUCUCAAAUUUGUCUACUUUCAUAGAUCUACUUCCUAUAUAUUUUAAAGCAUAGCUUAAUUAAUCUUUAGAUUUAGGUAGCAAGUACUGUAGAUAUUAGUAAAAUUGACAGUUGACAGUCACAUAUUUAUUAAUAUAUGUUAUCUAUUGUUGAUGUUGAAUAUGUACAGAAAUAAAUUUUCAUAAAUAGAAGGUACCAUUUGUACACUCGAAAUAAUACAUAAUAUGUUCAAGUAAUUUAUUUUAUAACAUAACUGACUGAUAUGUACCUGUGCAUGAGUGCUACUGAAUAGCAAUAGUUGAAGAGUUGAGGAUUUAAGUUUCCUCGUGCAUACACACAUGUGGACAGCAAGUCUUGUAACUGGUCCGUGGGAACACCUGGAGAAAAUGUCAAGUUAAAUUAUUGGAAAUAAAUUUAUAUUAUUUUUAUAAACUA